UCCAAGGGACCAGGCCCUUCUCUUUGUCUGCUGCUGCCAGAGCCAUUUUAGGAAUGGGCAGAUGGGGAGAUGAUGGUGGGAAGCAGAAGCUCACUCUGCAGGAUGUGGCAGAGCUAAUUCGGAACAAGGAGUGUCGCCGAGUGGUGGUGAUGGCCGGCGCUGGGAUUAGCACCCCCAGCGGCAUCCCGGAUUUUAGGUCCCCAGGGAGUGGCCUCUACAGUAACCUUGAGCAGUACAACAUCCCUUACCCAGAAGCCAUCUUCGAACUGAUGUAUUUCUUUGCCAACCCUAAGCCCUUUUUCACUUUGGCCAAGGAGCUCUACCCUGGCAACUACAGACCCAACUACGCCCACUAUUUCCUGCGACUCCUGCACGACAAAGGGCUUCUCCUGCGCCUCUACACCCAGAAUAUUGACGGGCUGGAGAGAGUUGCUGGGAUCCCUCCCGAUAGACUGGUGGAAGCCCACGGCACCUUUGCCACUGCCACUUGUACGGUCUGUCGAAGGAAGUUCCCAGGAGAGGACUUCAGGGGGGACGUCAUGGCAGACAAGGUCCCUCACUGUCCCGUCUGCACUGGAGUCAUCAAGCCUGACAUCGUGUUCUUUGGCGAGGAGCUCCCGCAGCGCUUCUUCCUGCAUGUGACAGACUUCCCCAUGGCAGACCUGCUUUUGGUCAUCGGAACAUCCCUGGAGGUGGAGCCCUUUGCCAGCCUGGCAGGAGCUGUUCGCAGCUCGGUUCCCCGAGUCCUGAUCAACCGAGAUCUCGUAGGACCCUUCGCCUGGCAGCAACGCUACAAUGACAUAGCCCAGCUGGGUGACGUGGUCAGUGGGGUCAAGAAGCUGGUGGAGCUGCUGGACUGGAACGAAGAGAUGCAAACACUAAUUCAGAAGGAAAAAGAAAAGCUGGAUGCAAAAGACAAAUAGGACAGCUGGCUCCCUGCUGCUGGAGAGCAAUGUUCACCUUGAAAAGGAGAUGUUGUCAUGCCCAGCAUGGGCAGAGAGAGAGUUCAUGGCAGGGAGCCAUGGAAGAGGCCGUCCGGCUCUGCAGCAGCAAAUCCACACAGGACUGUCACGCUGGGGAGGAGGGGAUGCUCGUGGCUCAAUCCAGCCAGCCGGGAAGCAAAGCAGAGCAGCCUUCACCUGCGAAGGAAGGGAGGCUGAAGGGAGCGAAGCCCAAAUGCCAAGCUGCAAACUGGUCCUGCACGUGAAGGCUUUCCUACCCAAGACUUCAGAACAGUUGAUGUAGCCACUGAGCACUGUUCCCUCCUUGUCUUACCUCAUUUCGGCACCCACUAAGAGAGACUUUCCUCUUCCAUGGCUCUGGCUGUCACCCCAUCAGCACACCAUCUGACAACGUCCAGCCACGAGAGCUUCACCAG